ACUUGUAGGUAUGUGGAUUUUACUCCUUUAAAUCUUGAGGGAAGAUAGAGGAGCCGUAGCAAAUCAACCAAUAGAUCCAAACCAAACCUGAAAAUGUUGUGUCAACUUGUCACACCUGCACUACACCACCCCAGUUGCAUCUUGAAAACAAUCACUGUAUGUGUAUGUGAACCUUUGAUGAGACAUGAAACACUCAUUACUUUUUUUAUUUUUCCCAUCCAAGAUGAAAGAUUAGGUAACCCACCAUAUUCAUAUUCAUGUGAAAACACUUUAUUACUAAUCCAGAUAUGAGAUUCUAGUCUCUUGCUUUGCUCAGACAAAGCAUAUCAAAGAUGCACUUUUAAGAAAGGCUCAUAAUGGGAUGCUUAUUCAAUGACAAUACCCACUUAAAAUUUUAUGUGCAAGCCUAUAUCUCAUGCACUACUUUUCCCAAGUCCAUCACCUUUUGAUCAUGUAUUUUGUAUUCAGCAAAUAACAAUUAGCAUAAGACAUGACAGCAAUUGUUACACAGGCAUCUAGAACAACAAUUGUUAGAAUUAUGCAGGCAUCUAAACAGAACAGUUGAUAAGUUUUCUUAGAAAAAUAUAUUCGUACUCUUGUUAUAGCAUAACAUCAAACUGCAGUAUACACUUGCAAAUCGAAAAAAUUACUAAAACAAAAUUUAAAUGAAUAAUGCUCCUUAGAAACCAAUCCAGAUGAACAUGCAAUGCAUACGAAGUUUAAAAAGGAAAAACAACAAAUUUUAUAAAAGAAGUUGGGUAGGGAGAAGAGGAGUUGCAUGGUGUACAUUGAGAAAGAAAGAGAGAGAGAGAGCACCUGAAUUCAUUCUGAAAUUUUGAAUGAAGUUCUAUCCAGCAGAGGAUCCUUAUUUGGAUUUUGAAUGGAAUUAUUUAAAGUACGUGUGGCUCCAAUUUUAUGUACUAUUUAGUUCAUGUUAUUUCAAAUUUCAGUAAACUAAUUAGUUGUAUGUCAUGCGCAAAUUUGUCAGAACAAACAUCUCAAUUUGUGCUUUGUUUAAUAAUCCAAAGCAGCUUUAAAUAAUUCGAGACGGUUUGGGCCUCACCGACUGUAAGGCACUUGGCCCGAGAGAGGGCUGGCCGUCCAACGUCUAAAGCUAUCUGAUGCCCAAAAGGACCGCUCAUGGGAGGCCCACCGGGGAUGGGCCCACGGCGUAACCUCUAUGGCGCGAUAACCCCAAAUUGGCUGUCCGCUGCCCUUAUCACAUCGCCCGAUCGAUUGACUUUUUUUGUCGUGCGUCGCCGUCCUCCCGCUGUCGCCUCGGCUUCCACUACCGUUCGACCGUUCGUCAAUAAUCGAAAUUUCUGGGAAACACUGAGAAAUUCCUUGAAAUUCUUAGUUUCUGCCACGUAGGAGGUAUAGAAAUUUCUCGACGGACAUUAGAUCGCAGCAGAACGCAUACUUCCCCGUUAAGUUCUCGGACCGAAAAAUCCCGCUACCCGUUUAAAAUCCCUCGACGGGCGGAAAGGCUACCACGCAUUUCUUCUCCGCGCAUUUCGUUACCGUUCGAUGCGUCCCUUCGCGCGGGCGUAUAUCCUCGGUCAGAUCUCCAUCGCACGGUCCGCACAAGGCGGUGAAAGGUUACCGCUUCCACUCUCUCCCCCCCUCUUUUUUUAAAAGAAAAAGGAAAAAGAAAAACAAACCCUAGAUCGUUCGUGCUGCCGCCUCUAUCUUUUCUCUCUCUUUAUCUCUCUCUCCCAUUUCUUCUCUCUCCUUCGACUCUUCGUUGCUACAACGCCGAAUUCGUGAAACGCCAUAACGGCCAAGAAUUUGAGAUAGUGCAAGAGGAGGUAACAAAUAAAGAAAGGGGCAAAUUUCCGGAAAGGGGCAAAUUUCCGGAAAGGGGCGAAAGAGAGAAGAACAUAGGGCAUUUCAUCGGAUCGUCGGUUGGGAUCCGGUCACUGUGGGCGUCGUCGAGGGGGCGGUGAUGGGAUCCCGCGAUGGGUGGGCGCCGGAAGCCGAUGAGGACGCCGACGAGUGAUGAGACGGCAUGCGAGAUCUGAGAACCGGAAGAUCGUACGGAAGCUCGGGGAGCCGGCGAGGGAGGCGGAGGGGGCAGCGGAGAUUGGGUCGAGGAUCUUCCCCUUCCGGGCGCCGCCGGCGUCGAUGCCGUCGGUCGGGACGCGGCGGUCGACCAGGGUGUUCGUCCUCAAGGCUGCGGCCAAGGCUGGCGGCGGUGGCGACGGGGAACCCGAGGCGAGGGUUCUCCGCUCCGGGAAGCGCCUCGCGGUGUCGGAGCAGGCUCCGGGAAAGAAGGCGGACGGUGGAAACGGCGACGGGGUCGAGUGGCUGCGGGUUCUCGGAGGCGGUGGCGGCACGGCGGAUCUACGGUGGUGGAAGGGGGGAGGGAAGAAGGUGGAUCUGGGGGCCGAGGAUGAGUGGCGCGAGCCCGUGGCGCCGGAAUCCGACGCCGGUGGGGCGGAUGAAUCUGUCAGUCGAAGGAGCUUUGUGGAUUCUCCCGAUGGGGAAAAGUUUGGGAUAGUUUACAGCCGGAAGCGGCGGAGGCCCCGGUCAGACGAUGCGGUGUCUUCGCUUUCUGGAAUAGGGGACAGGGGCUGCGAGAAGGAUCGGAAGUAUGGAAUCGUUUUUGUGCGGAAACAGCGCAGGAAAAAGCCCAAGGUGGAACCUUUAGUUCAGGAAGUCUCAGGAGAGACAGGGAAAAUAGAUAGGAAGCAAGAAGAUUUCUCAAGACGAACAGGUAGAGGGGAGAAGGAAAUUAGGAUAACAGAGUCUGCAAGGCAUUUUGCUGAAAAGGUGGGCAUUUUAGAGGAUGAUAUCUGGACUGGCGUGAGUGGUUCUAUGGUGCUCGCCGUGCUCAUAGAUUCCUCCUGUAGCAGUAGUUCACAUCGGUUUUCUCGUUUCCUUAUCUCUGUAAUUAGCGGGAUGAAGAGGGCUAGAGUGAGAAUCUGGCAAUUUGCUGCUUUUCUUCUAUCUGAAUCGAUAGCCAGUGCUUUCUCUCUAAAUGGCGUCCAUUUCUUACCAGUUCGGCACUGCAACAAUAAUGUUUUCUUCAGCACUGCUUUACCUGCUUGUGGACUUUUCAAGACGUAUGGUGCCAGACAGUUUAUACCUUUGUUCUCGCUUAAUUUCUCUGCCAUUCCAUUCUUCUUCAAGAGUUUGCAUGUUAGUAUGGUUCUUGGUUCUCAAUACUUGCCGAGAGUUCUUGCAAGAUACGUAAUGGGUUUGCACGCAAGUUUUCCUGUGAAUGUGCGAUUUGAAGAAUAUGAUUCUCAUAUUACUUGGGAUACAGUUUAUUCAGGAACCGAAAUCCCAGUUUCUGUAGUUCCUGCUGUGAAGAGGAAUGAAUCACAUAGUGCAUUGGAAGGCCCUAGACCAGUUGGACGAAGUGCUGUAAUUUUGCAUGGUUCAAGGCUACGUAAACAUCAGAGAAAGAGGAGCUCCUCUAGGCAUUCCAGAAGUCGCCAUCCUGUCCUAAUGAAUUCACAUCCUGGUUCAUUGCGAUCUAAUCCAAACAAUGUUGGAGUUUUUCCAGAAUCCAGAAUACUUUCCCUAAGGGACUCCUUUGUGGAGCCUGUCCAUGUGAAAACAAUUGAAUAUUGUGUAAGUGAUUUUUUAAGUGCUAGAGAUGAUAGUGAUGCUUGGACUCCUCUUGGAUCUCAGGAAAAGCACAGAAAGUCAUCUACAAAGAGCCCCGUCGAGCUUAAGUCGGCUUUGGUUGAGUUGAAGCAAAAAAUAGACUCAGCACAUUGCAGUGCAAAUAUCUUGGUUACUAUUUCUGAUAGGUGCUGGAGGGAAGAAGGGGCUGAUGUUAUGUUGGAAUUCUCACAUUCUCAAGACUGGUGCAUAGCAGUGAAGGUAAGGGGCAUGACAAGGUACCUGCAUAAACCUCAGGAGGUGAGGCCCUGUGUCGUCAACCGUUUUACUCAUGCCUAUAUGUGGAGUGGAGAGGAUGGUUGGAAGCUUGAGUUUUGUGACAGGUGGGAUUGGCUUGUGUUUAAGGAAUUGCAUAUGGAAUGUCGUGAACGUAAUUCACAGAACUCACAGGAUGUCUUUAUAAGGGCAAUACCAGUGCCAGUGGUUUGUGAAGUUGAUUAUGAGGACAGUGCCACAGCUUCUUUUGUGCGCCCUGAUGGUUACAUUAGGGUGUUGGAUGAUGAAGUUGGGCGAGCUUUAAGAAGCAAUGUUGCCAUAUAUGAUAUGGACUCGGGGGAUGAGAAGUGGCUCGAGCAGCUAAACACUAGCUCUUCUGAUGUGGAUAAUAGUGGUAUUAGUCACAUUUCAUAUGAAACUUUUGAGAAAAUAAUAUCUGUCUUGGAAAAGGAUGCUUAUAACAAUCCCAAUGGCAUUUAUGAUAAAGAGAGGGCAUUGGAUCUUUGUCAAGAUUUGGGAAACAGGGAUAUGCUGGCUGCUGUGUAUGUUUAUUGGGUAGAAAAGAGGAACCAGAAACGCGCAGCUCUGGUUAGGGCCUUUCAGGUAAUUUAUUGGAGGUUUGUUCCUUUUGCAUGUGGUAGUUUGGUACAUAACUUUGUAUUAUCACGUAAUUGUGUUCUUGAUACUGUCACAGUAUGACAUCCCAACCCCAAGGAGAGCACAAUUUAUGCAGAGAC